AUGCAAUUAUCCUUGAAAGUUAGUGUUGCGGUUAGCCUUGGUCCUCAUCAUGAAUGGAGUUGUGACAGCCAUGACAAGCUAUCUGCUAUUGGUUUUCCCAUCUGGGGAGUUCGGGAUGUAUGGUCCAAGAUGUGGCUGGGUCUUUGGGUGGUUCCUAACAAUCAGUUACUCAAGGCCAUCGCCUAUCUGUAUCUUUCUCUUAUUGUUGAGCUUGAAGGUAUGCCCCUUCAGUCCACUACAGAUUGUGGCUUGGAAACCACACUCAUGUUCGGCCUUGCAAAUGCUCUUCGGGAGCAGUUUUCUCCUGAACUCAAUGAGGUCAAUAUAGGGCCAGCACAUUGUUUCAUGAAAAGUGUCCACAAUAUCACGAUUGAGCGAGGAUGGAACCAGGUUCACAAUAAGUGGGGAACAAACAUCAAAAUGUUUUGGGAGAACAGUGCUGAAGUAUACGACUCAUCAAAUCCUGUGCAAUAUGAACUAGUCCAAUGGCUGUGGCCGAAGCUUAUUCAGGAGGAGCUAGAUCAUUUUCGCAAAGUCAACAAUGACCACAAGCCAAAGAAGAUGACUGUGUCAAAGCUCCCUUCUGGAGUGAGUCCACACAUUGCAUUUACUCUCCCAGAGAAGUAUGGCAGCGAGAAUUGUCUGCAACCACUCAGCAUUACCGUUGUUCAAGGUUUGAUGGAGGAUCUUGGGGGAGAGGAGUUCGUUCAGUUUGUCUCUCCUGAGUAUGCUGCACAUGCGGAAGAAGUAUUCAACUCUCUCGGGGUUGAGGAGCUAACCACGGCCAACAUUUGGAAUGUCUUCACUGCAAUGCUACCUCACAUGUAA